UGCUCUGAACUGAAACUUCUUGAAAAGGGUAAACUAGGAUCAGCAACAAUGACCUUGUUUGAUAAUAAUGCCUUCUGUACAUGGACAAUACAAGCUCCUGUUGGUGCCCGCAUCAAAGUUAGAAUAAGUUCAAGUUUUCAUUUGGAGGAAAAUGCUGAUGUUCUCAGUGUAUGGACAGGAGGUAUAUCUUUAAAAGAGAGCAAUUUUCUUGGAAGUGUAACAGGAAGUCUUCAAUCACAAAAGGAAUUCUACUCACAGAACAAUUACAUCAUCAUGCAGCUAAGCAUGGAUGGUUCCGUAAAUGUCAGAAGUGGAUUUACUGUGACCUAUGAAACCGUUGCUGAUGCGGUGAUUUGGAAUGACAUGAAGAAGCUGACAGCAGGCAGUAGCUGGCAGAACCUGGAGUCACCAUUGUAUGGGACAGCUGUUCCAUUUGGAUUACAACUAGAAUGGUUGAUUACAGCAGGUUCUUACCAAGUAGUGUCAUUGGAGUUUCUGGAGGUAGAUUUGCCUACAAGCAGUUCCCUUAAAGUUUAUGAUGGAGAAGACUUAAUGGCACAUCAAGUUUUUACGCUGAAUAAAACUCCUUUGCAUCCCAUCUACAUAUCUAGAAGCAAAUCUAUUCGAUUUGUUUUAUCAACAGAUAAGCAUGAGUAUACCAAGUAUCGAGGAUUUCAGCUCAAAUACAAAGAAGGUUGUAAUAUUGAGAUGAAGCAACACGGAACUAUUUAUUCACCUGGCUAUGAAGUUGGCAGCUAUCCUUCUAAUGUCACAUGUGCCUGGAUUCUUACACGCAAUACAGGAGAAACUAAACCCAUUUCUCUACGCUUCACAGAAUUUAAACUUAAAAGUAAUUCUGAUUACGUAGAGGUUUACAAUGACACUACCGGUACAGCAUUGCACAAGGGAAAUGGGCUGACAGGCACUUCUGAUAUAACUGAAAUAUUAAGCUCUACCAAUGGAUACCUCAAUGUGACCUUCAAGUCUAACCUGGUAUUGGUUGAAAAAGGAUUCAAGGCUGGGUUCUCUGUUGACUGUCCCAUGUUAACUCUCUCACAAUGGACCAUAAAUUCAGUUUCGGAUAAAUACACAGCUCUUAACACAGAAAUUGAACUGUCCUGUCAACAAGGAUACUCAUUCAAACAAGAGGAGUACAACAGUGCAAGUUCUGUUGCUCUGAAAUGUUUACAAGGAGGAAAAUGGAAUGUGUCAAGAAUUCCUGACUGUCAAAUCACAUACUGCGGCAUGCCUCCAGCAAUUCAAAAUGGAAUAAUCAUAAGUGCGACAGGCACAAAGGUUGGAGAUAAUGUAUCUUACAAAUGCUAUACAGGGUUUACUCUUGGGGGAUCAUCCAUCGCUCGAUGUCAAGAAAAUGGACACUGGGAUACACCGCCAAUGUGCUAUUCUCAACAAUGCAUCCCAAUAAGUUAUCUAACCAAUGGAAAUGUUAAGAUUACUGAAGGAAGUGGAACUGGCUUUGCCUCGGUGUUGAUGUUUAGCUGUGACCCAGGAUAUGAUCUUCUUGGGUCUGUGUACAUCCACUGUAGGUCAAAUGGCACAUGGUCACAUCCCAAACCUUCUUGUACAGAGAUUAACUGUCCAAUACCACAUGUGAUAUUUGGUAGAGUUGACUCUGAUAGUGCUGUUAAGUAUAAAGAGACAGUCACGUUGAAGUGUGAUGUUGGGUUCAUUGUAAAUGGUACAACUAUAUCUGAAAAAAAUGUGACUUGUGGUAGUGAUGCUUUGUUUUCUGGAUUGGAUUCGUGUGUCAGAAUAGAUUUUGGGAUGAAUCCAAAUGAUUGUCCAGGAUCCUGUAAUAUGACGUACACCGCAGACACUUUCGAUAAAUUUAAUGAAUGUGAAUGUGUAUGUAUUGAUGGAUAUACAGGAGUAAACUGCACGGAAAAAAUUGAUGAAUGUGCCAGUUUUCCUUGUAAGCAUGGAGCCAUCUGUACAGACCGUGUCAAUGACUACCACUGUUACUGUACAGAGGGAUGGACGGGCAAGAACUGUGACCAGCAAAUCGACUACUGUACAACCACCUCUAACAAGUCUCAGAGUGGGAAAUGUUUCAACUUGAUUGAUGAUAAAUACUGCAGAUGCAAUCUUGGAACAAGAGGCGAUUUAUGUGAAGACAUUCCAGAUGUGUGCAAUGUUUUCAACCCAUGUUCAACAAUGGGUGCAUGUAGAAAUUAUUUUGGGACAGCAUAUUGUUCCUGCCAGAUAAACUACUCCGGAAGCUCUUGUCAGUUACUGAAAGACUUCUGCACUGGAUCUACUGCAUGUCUAUAUAUGGGCAUGUCUGGUACUGGAGGGACGUGUACUAAUCUGGAGAGUGGAGGGUACAACUGCCAGUGUCAGACAGGUUAUUCAGGAGCCACGUGUCAAAUUAAGACGACCCUUUGCUCAACCCUGAAUUGUGGAAGUAGUGCUCAGUGCAAUGAGGAGAUUGGUUGUUACUGUCCAGAAGGGAAAAUCCUGACGGACAACAAAGCAUGCAAACAACCUUCCAAUGACUUUGAUAUGUUGUUUGACCCUCAGAUAGGCGAUGAGGGAGCCUAUACCACCGCUGUUCUGAAUGAUCCUGAAAACAGUGAUCUGUCAUUCAUGUUAUGGGUCAGGUUUAAUGAGGAUCAAAAGGAUAUUGAUAACACUGUGAUCUUGAAGUUGGGGGAACUUGCAAAAGUGAAAAGUCACUCAAUUACUCUGGGGAAUACAACAAAAAACUUUGUCGUAAAUUUUCAAUUUUUGGGAAAUCCAAUUGAAAUGGAUGAUGGCAGGUGGCAUGUUAUCAUGUGCUCUUGGAAAUCAAAUGGAGAAUCAUUUGUUGUGGUGGAUGGUCUUAAAGUCUUUGAAGGCAUGUCUCUUUUAAGAAAAUUUCCCAAAACGUUUAAAGUUAAUAUUGGUAAGACGUUUGGAGGCCGUAUCUCACAAGUAAAGAUAUGGGCAAAUAGUUUAACAAUCAGUGAUGUUUACAAGCUAGUUGAGAACAAGGAUUAUAUGCCCCCUGGAUCAACUGUUGUUCAUGGCUGGUACAACUUUAAGAUGAACAAAGGAGUUGUUAAAAAGAGUCCUUCACAGAUUGAGAAGGAUGUGUGUGAUGUUCCUGUCUGUUCAUCAUCAGAUAAGAUUAAACCAAAAAUAAAGGCUUGUUCAGAUGAUAUCUCAAAACACUCUGCUGACAGAAUCUUCUUACAUACACUUCCAAAGUUUACAGAUAUGUUCGAUGAUUUCAAUGAAAAUUUGUCUUUAUCUUCACACUCGGGAGACAACCGAUUUACGUGGGGUGAUUACAGUCUUAUGUUCAUGGCCUCUGAUGAUAAUGGAAAUACAGCCAUGUGCCACAGCAAAAUGUAUAUUAGAUAUAAUGAUGAAUGUCCUGUUCCAAGAACAUCUUCAACAGUUAAAUACUGUUCUGGUUCCAAUGGAGAUAUUUGUAAAUUGGAAUGUCCUAGUAAUCAACAGUUAUCUCUACCUGCUCCCAAAUAUAUACCCUGUUCAGAACUUGGUGUGUACAAUCCACUUAAACCUCAAGAGAAAAUUGUGUUGCCUUCCUGUGGAGACAAAACGUCUACAACAGUUCAGAUAGAUGUGUCAAUGGUGUAUUCUUUAGAAGUUACUUGCAGUGAACCUUAUGAAACAGCAAUGAAAAUCAAGCUUAUGGAAGAUUUUAAGAAUGGUGUUUUUAAUGUUUGGAAUACUGUAUGCUCGACAAGUGCCUGUGAAAAUGUCCAAAUCUCAUCUGUUUGUGUUCCUGUCAGCAAACAAUUAAAAGUUGCUUUGAAGAUAAGAAACCUAAGAAACUCAAUUACAAAGAAAGCUGUUGGGUUUGUAAUUUUCACACCUACAGAGGUCAUCACAAUUCUGAUAUUUGACGAGGAUGCAUUUAAUGCUAAGGACAUUGGUGGAGCAAAGAUGCUGAAAAAUCAAGUAGUGAUAACGAAUACGUUGUCAUGCCCAGAUGGUUUCAUGCUUAUUGAAGGAACGUGUAUUGCAUGUAGCAUGGGAACAUUCUACAACAGUUCCAGUCAGAACUGUGAAUUCUGUCCUGUUGGAACGUAUGCAAAUUUUACUGGAUUAACAGAAUGUACAAGCUGUGAACAAGGCAAAAUUACACUUGGUGUCGGAUAUACAGCCAGCGGUAAUUGUGUCGAUGAUUGCUCGGUUGGAGAGUUUUGGAAUACUUCAAAAUGUUCUGUCUGUCCAAAACAUUUCUACCAAAACGUGACCGGCAAAGAUUACUGCUUGCCUUGUCAGUUGGGUACAUCAACGGCUGGCCAAGGAACAAACGACUCUUCACAAUGUUAUUCAGAUUGUCCUGAAGGAACAGAGCUUAAAUCAGGUGGAACAUGUGUGAAAUGUUCACGUGGAUAUUAUCGCAGCAUUCUGGAGGAUGUCUGUAUGGAAUGCCCAGCAGGAAUCACCACUGCUAGAGAUGGAAGCAAAAGUGCAGAUAAUUGCUACUUAACUAUAUGUUUCAAGGGAACGUAUCGUAAUAGAUCAACAAACGUUUGUGAACCAUGUCCAGUCGGAGAAUAUCAACCAGAAAAUCUGCAAGAGGAGUGUAUCAAAUGUCCAAUAACAUACACAACAGAAUCUGCAGGAAAGCUCAACAUAACAGAUUGUAAAUUUUACUGCCCGAAAGGAUAUGAAAUAUUGUCUGCUGCCAGUGAAACUUGUCAACCUUGUCCAAGAGGUUUCUUCAAAGACAAUUCUAUUGUAUUUAGUAGCUGCCUCGCGUGUCCUCCUGGAUUAACAACCGAAAAAAUCAACUCCACCAGCAUUGAUAGCUGUUCUAUUAAUGAAUGUACCACUGGACAAGAGAUAAAUUUUGAAGGAGGAUGCUCAGACUGUAAGCUGGAUAAGUAUCAGCCAGUAGAUAUGCCAACAUCUACUGACAAAUGUUUAUCAUGCAAGGAAAACUAUGGCACAAAGCAGAAAAUGUCUAACAGUUGUCUGCCCAUGUGUCCCGAAGGACAAUUUUUUAAUCAAUUAUCAAUGAUGUGUGAAAGAUGUCCUAAAGGAAGCUGGAACAAUGGAAACCUUACAAUGAAGUUUGAGGAAUGUAUCGCAUGUCCUGUUAAUUUCACCACAACAGGACGAGGAAUGACAUCGGAUGCUAACUGCAUUAUUUUGGACUGUGAUCCUGGAUCCUACAUAAGUGGUUCAGAUUGCCUGUUGUGUGACUUUGGAUAUUACCAGCCAGCCCGUCAUCAGGAGUCUUGCAUACAGUGUGGAACCAAUCUUAAUACCAGCACAGAGGGUGCUUCCAAAAAAGAAGAAUGUCAACUAUACUGUGGGGCUGGAUUAGAAGGACAAGAUAGCUGUACUGCCUGCAAGGAAGGGUUUGUCAAAGGUGGCUCAGGAACUUUUAUGUGUCAGGAGUGUACAGGCAACUUAACAUCCAAUGACGCUCGCACUGCCUGCACUGAAUUGUUCUGUGACAAGGGAUAUUACAGUAAUGCUUAUCAAAACAGCUGCAUGCCUUGUGAUAUUGGAUCUUUUAAGAAGGAUAGAGGAAAUGCUUUAAAAUGCACUAGAUGUCCAGUUGGAUUUUUGACUCCAAACAUUGCUUCAACUUCUGCGGAAAACUGCAAUGAACCUUUUUGCAUUCCUGGCCACUACCUGAACUCCAGCGGUGUUUGUGUACCAUGUAUGAAAGGUUUCUAUAAAGAUGUGACAGGAAAUAGGAACUGUACAGACUGUCCAGCAAAACUUACCACACCAUGGAUGGGUUCUACAGAACUCUCCAACUGUUCCAUUGUUUUUUGUAAUGCUGGUGAAAAGAGGAUAAGUAGUAAUAACACCUGUAUGAAAUGUCCUUUGGGAUAUUACCAGCCAGAGAGAGGAGAAAGUAAAUGUUUUGAAUGUGAUGAUGGCCAGACCACGGAACAAGUGGGGACUGAUACCAGGACAGGCUGUAUCCCUAUUUGUCCUGCUGGAGAGGAAUAUGUGUCUGUCAGUAAAACGUGCAAAGAAUGUCCUUUGGGAAGUUACAAGUCAGAAUAUGGAAACAACAAAGCCUGUACCCCGUGUCCAAUUGCAUAUACAACAGGAUUCACUGGUUCUAUAUCUGUCAACAACUGCUCUUUUCCUGAUUGUAUGCCAGGGACUUACCGCUCAAUUGGUGGGUGCAAAUAUUGUCCAGUAGGGACGUAUCAAGAUCUAAAUUCUCAGGAAUCCUGCAAGAGCUGUCCAUUACAAAAAAACAUUACAGAAACAACAGGGGCGACAUCUGAAAGCUUCUGCAUAAAAUUUUGUUUACCUGGCCAACAGUAUAAUAGGAAUAUAUUAACUUGUCAAUACUGCCAAAAGGAUUUCUACACCAACAAAACCAUUUCCCAGUACUGUAUCAAGUGUCCCGCCGGAUACAUCACAUAUGGAGAGGGAUCUGUUACCUGUGUCAGGCUGGCAAUACAAGACUCAGGAAUAACACAAGCCCCAGCUAUACCUGUACAGCAGACCUAUUCAUUCAAUCUACAAUACAAGGCUACAGUGGACUGUAGCAAUAUGGAUAUCAAAAAUCAAAUCAAAGCAAACCUAUUACAAAUAAUAAGAGCACGCCUCAGGGAAUUGGUCAAACGCUUUGUCAAACUCUGCAGUUCACCAGAGAUCAGUAAAUGCUUUGCAUCUAUAGAAGUAAAGAUCAAAAACUGUGUUACAGCAACUACAAGGAAGAGAGCAACAGCGCCUUCAUUUAUUGAUGUUGAAUUGAACAUACCUGAUUUGGGGGAAACUGUAACAGACAGCUCAAAAAAUGUAGAAUUGCAAACGGAAAUUGUGCUUCAGGAGGAUUUAGACACACAAAAAUCUCAAUAUUCACCAGCGGGAUUAACACUAGUAGAUUCUAGUUUUGUGGGGAAAUAUGUGACCUGUACAGCGGGAUAUAUUUCAAUCAACAACAAUCAGUCCUGUGAAAGAUGUCUAGCUGGGACAUACCAUGAUAGCACAAUCAACCGAUGCUUGAAUUGCACACAAAAUUCCUAUCAAGAUGAGGAUGGGCAAACUAUCUGUAAAAAUUGUCCAGGGAGUAUAAACAAGUACAUCCCAUUUACAGGCUCAAGAUCAAAGAGUGACUGUGUGUUGAAAUCGACUUCAGCGGUUGCAAAUACCACGUCCAACAAUGGGUCAGAAAUGUUUUUCCAUUACUAUUACAUCGCAGUUGGGAGCGCUAUCUUUGUGCUGGUUGUUGCUAUCUCAGUUAUAUUUGGCCGGGUGUUUUGCAGAAGUAAAGCGAAUAAACCCAAAAGGUACUACUAUGAAAAUCCCUUGACAACUAGGCCCAGGCCAGAGGACACCUAUACGGGACUGUCGAAUUCUGGAGAUUAUGCUACAAUCGACGAAAUGAGGGAGAGCAUGAAUAUGAGGACCUUCCGUGGGUCCACAGCCUCCAGUGAUAUUUAUCUUACCCCGCGUGACCAUCGAAACUAGGAUACAAAAACAUUUCAUAUGCUGAGUUCGAUCAAGCCAAGGAUCCGUAACUGUAUGCAAAUUGAAUGAUGUAUAUUACUCAGAAUUUAAACGUUCUUUUUGUCGUAAAUAACAAAAUUUUUAAUGAAAUAUAUAGUAUAUUGAUGUUACGGUCAAAGUAUAAAAAGACCCAUGCAGAUGUUUUUGAAAUGGGCAAUAAUUGUAUAAUGUUUUAUGAUAACCAAUAUAUGGUGAGACUCAUAUUUCUGGAAAUAAAAAAUACGCAUUUUCCUGUUAACUCCAAUGUCUAACUCUACUGUGCCUAUCAAGUUAGAGAGUGGAAACUACGAAUUUCCCAUUUUUUUUCCUAAGAUCAAGAUGCAUAACUCAUCGGACUGGAACCAAAUUCCAACUAAUUAUAAACCUGUAUAUUCAUAUGAUACAUCAAAACAUCAAUUUGAGUUGAAUAUGUGCAACGGUUGUUGGGAUAAUGAUCGGAAAAUGAAUUUCCAUUUUUUUCAAAGUUCAAGAGGUAUAACUCUGUCAAAAUUCAUCGACUGGAACCAAAUUCGAACUCAGCCUGUAUAUUCUUGAGAUACGUCUAGACAUGUAUAUUAAAUGUGUGCAACAGUUGUUGAGAUAGUGAUCGGAAAGUGAAUGACGGAAUGAAAGAAGAACGGAGGAACGGAAUGACGGAACGGGGUAACACAAUAUGCCCCAGCCAUUUUAUGGCGGGGGCAUAAAAAUCAAGUUGUUCAAAGCUGUAAAACUGCAACAUCAGAGAAAUGCCCAUUUUGGAUACAUGUUGACGACCAGUGGUUGGUUCAAAGAUGAUAAGCAGUGUAUUAACACCUUGAGAAUGAAAAUGCAAGCCAUAUCUUUACAGGGUAAACUUUCAUAAAAAUGAAACCUUGACCAUAAACCUCAUCCACGCCACUGAAUUUUUUUUUUCCAUCCGAGCAUGUCAUUCUCUGUUUUGGUUGGCAUUAUCAUUUACAGAAUAUCAAUUAGAAUAGAGUCAGUAUCUGCAAUACCCCAACAGAGAAUGAGGUGUUGGUGUCUUUUAGUAGAAGAAAUAAUGAACAUAAAAAUUUAAAGCUCAAUUUUUUUUAACUCUUGCACAUUUAUGAAACUUUUCAUUAAGUGAAUAAAUAAGCAGUUUUACUACAGAAGGGAUAAUUGUUCAAAGUGCAAUAAAUGCAAUAAAAAAAGUCUUAAAAUGGCCACGUACUUUUUAAAAAUCGAUUAUAUCAGAAAGGACAAUUGCAUGUGCUCUUCCACACUCUUGCAAUAAGCUUGCGAAUGAACGCGUUUUAUGACCAUGUUAUCAACGUCAUUUGACAAGAGUCAGAGUCACAAAAAUUUCCUGAACUGAAAUUUGAGACUAUGCUUUAGUACAAUGAAAGGAUCCAUUCUCCCGAGGCGUGCAGUGGAUGAUGUAAUUGCGUGCGCUUUAUCAUACAUGUACAAAGAUUUUAACGGAGCGUCAUCAUGGUUAUGGUCCCCGAGUCCUGACAGGUAUAAGCUCCCCCAGGACAGCUCUACACAAAUACAAAACUCUACUUUGUACACCUUGUUGAUGCAAAUAUGGCUAUUGAUACCUUGGUUUCUUUAUUUGGUAGAGGUUACAGUAAUCUAAUCCUAAGCCAUUAUAUGUUAAAAACUAAUGUAUAUUUAGCAUCAUCACAAUUUACACUUGAACGUUGAUAGAUAUGUAUGAUAUUGUUAUCGAAUAGUUAAGCGAUGCACAAUAUUGAAUUCAGUAGAAUAGUGGGGGCGGGGCCCAUAUGAUUCACAUUUUCAAAUGCAAUACGCACAUACUGUGGUUUCAUUAAUAUUCAAUGGUAUCAAUUUUCGUGGAUAAAGUGAAAAUCACAGUUUCAAGGAUACGUAAAUUCGUGGCCAAUGACCCUAUCAAUACAAAUUAUGUGUAGAAAUAGCACUUCAAUGAAUAUUUAAUUUCAUGGAUAAACUAACAACAAAAUCCACGAAAAUUGGUGUUCAACGAAUAUUGAUGAAACCACAGUAGCUUUCAAAUCGAUCAAUUCAUCCCAAAAAGAAUGUGGUCAUAGCUCUGAUGUGUAUUGUAGUGUACAUGUAUUGCAUUUCAGUGGUGCAACCCCCUAAUUCUUUACAUUGAAACGUACACAAAUCUAGCGUUAAAUUUGAUAUGUAAUGGAUAUUUAAAUUCUGUUUUGAGAUAUCUAUAAAAAGUGUACAGAGACCAUUCUGACUGCAAGUUCUUCCGUAAUACAAUCCAUUUUGCAUUUACAUUGUCGUCGGCGAACUAUUUUGUGCAAUAUCAUACAGUGGACCGUAACAGAACUGCUUUCUCCAUAUCAAAUUUUUCUAACCAAUAAUUACAUUGAAGAUCCAUCUAUCCUUUAACACGAUGUUAAUGCGAUGUCCUGUCGCGAACUUUAAAUUAGUAAGAAUUAAGCCUGGGUAAUUUUGUAGAUUAUAUGCAAGCAUAGAAAAAAGGCAUAAUAAAUGUCGGGUAUGUAUUACAGAUGAUUGUAUGAUGUGUUGAAUUCCCCAAAGCGAAUGCUAUAUACAAAAAAGAAGGAAAUUUAAAACCAACCUUCGCGGCUCUGCAGAAAUAAACUUGCCAUUCGACUUAAAGUUGCUGGUAGAAAAAAAAACCCCACACACCAUAUUUUCCAUUUAUGUUAAACAAAACAUUAUAAUACAUGUACAUGUAGUCAAAAUCCAGUUUUUUAAAGAAAAUGACUUUCUAAACAAUGUAUGGAGAAUAAUAUUUUAGUUUCUUGAAAGUGAAGCAACAUGCAUGUAAGAUUCGAUAGAGGGAAGUACAUGUAUAUACUUACAUAUAUUAAUAUUACAGAGCUUCAACUGUACAUAUUUAUUUAGUUUACUAAAAAAGAUUACGGUUGACCUUUAAAUGUUAGAGUUUUAACCGCAAGAUGAAAAAUGAUAUCUUUCAUUGAAUACCUAUACAAGGAAGUUGAAUAGUACCCCAUUUUCCAGUUUCAUUUUUUUUUUUUAGAAAAAUUAUCACGAAGUGACGAAAAAUAACGUGACACCGAGUAGUCGUGUUGUAACGAAGGCGUGGCAACCUCUGUGAAUUCAGUGUGUCAUCUAAAAACAUCCAGUGUUGUCUCUCCUAUAAACUGUGUUUCUCCGUCCUAUCCCUGCAAUUGCUUGUCCAGUCAAUGUCUUAGUCUAAAGUUAAUGAAAUGUACAGUAGUCUGUCAGCCAAUUUAGAUAUUUUGUUCCUCUGUCGAGUUUAGGUUUUCUUGCACGAGUGUCUUUCUCCUACUUUCUUGUGUUUGAUAGGUUGAAGCUAUAUGGAU